AUGAGAGGAAAGUGUUUACCGAAAUCAUUCGCACAUAUCUACGACACGGGAUGGAACCCUGCCUCAACAACAAGCUGGACUGCUUCAGGGGUUCAGCUGUAUGGCCCACAUCUAGAACCCGUCGAGAAUCAUACAGAAUUGCCGGGAAUACCGCCUGCCCCCGUUCUAACCUUCGUCGACUAUGAAAAAGUCUUCGACAGUGUAGAAACGAAUGCAGUACUGUCAGCGCUGGUAGAUCGAAGUGUGGAUCUGUCGUAUGUAAGGACAUUAACCAUUAGCUACGAUAGCAUACAGCUUUUCCACCGCUCCCUCAUUAUACCUAGUGGAAAGGGUUUACAGAAAGGCGAUAGUCUAUCGCCGAAGCUGUUUACGGCUGCAUUGGAAUGGAAAGCGAAAUCACUUUCUUGGGAAGAAAAGACCAUACGUGAAGAAGGGACAAAUCCUAACAACCUUCCUUCUGCGGACGGAACGCUCUCUUUUCGAGAAGUGUCGGUGAAGCAAUAA